CCAUGCAGGCUCCUGAGCGCCUGACCCCAUCGGAGGAAAGAUGAGGCGCCUAGAUGUUGGUUCACCAUGUUUAGCGGCCACCACAACCACUCCCUUGCUGCCAUGAGCGGGAACGACAUGAUGGCGCACUCGCUGACUCUGGAGCAGAAGACAGCGUUUGCCUUCGUGGGGAUGCUCCUGGUGUUCCUGGGGCUGCUGAUAGUCAGAUGCUUCAGGAUCCUGCUGGACCCCUACAGCAGCAUGCCCUCCUCCAACUGGGCCGACGGCAUCGAGGGGCUGGAGAAAGGGACGUUUGAGUACGCCCUCACCUAACACAGGGACACACACAUCCACAGAUGUCCAUCACGAGCAGAAUUGCCAUAUAUAGACACACACAUAUGCAUACUCGCGGACACUAAGAGCGCAUGCUUGCACACACGCAAACACAAGUAAGCCGCAGCCCCACAAAACCAUCGCUCCUGACACUGACGCACCAUCAAGACAUCUCCCUUUGACAGACUGGAGCUGUGUGUGCUGUUCAGUGUGUGUGCGUUGUUAGUUCAGAGCCAAUGUGUGAGUCUCUCGACUGUACGUGGCUACGUGUGUGUCGUGUGUGUGUGUGUGUGUGUCUCACCGAAGUGUGAGACAGAUGCUUUUACAUACUCUCUGCCUUGCUGCCAGGGUGGUGUGCAUUUCAGAUCAUGGAUUUACACGGAAAUGGGUGGAGGCCCCUUUAACCCAUGCUCUCAAGAUGAAUGUGUGUGGAUCGGAGGUGGAUGUGCAGGUGGAUGCUUGUGGGACGGGCUGGAGAAUCAGGGGUGCAGUGGCACAGUUUGAAGACUCAGGGACAGGAUUCCUCACUGUGGGAAACAGAGCGGUUCCACCUCUGCACAGCAAAGCUCUUCUGCACAAGAUUGUAUACUGUACGGUUGGAUACAGGGUAUUAUUUCCAAUUUCCUGCUUUGUGGACAAAUUAAAUCCAAUCUGUUGGUGAUCCAAAUGGAUGCUGCUGCUGCUGCCGCUGUGUGUGUGUGUGUCUACAGAUUGUUCCUUUCCUUGGUGUGUUGCUUUUUGAAGUCAUGCAGCGAAAAGGCAACUGAACAAACUGUGAUUUACGUCUUAAUGAUGCAAACACAACUCUGCUAGAGUUUGUCCUGCUGCUGGUUUUGAAUGUUGCCAGAAUUACAUGUCUGAGUGAAAAAAAUAAAAUGUUUACUCUUGACGGUACGUCCGCAAAGACAUAUGAGGACGAUGCUGAUUCAUGGACUGUCUGAGGUUUUUGCUGAUGCAGUCCAGCCCAAGAACUUUCGAGGGAAAUGAGGAUCCGAGACUUGGAGCACUCUCUCUCCCUCUCUCUCUCUCUCUCUCUCUCUCUCUCUCUCUCUCUCUCUCUCUUCCAACGCUGCUAGUUUUCUAACGACGGGGAGAAACUCUCACCGCCUGUC